AAGAAGGAUACCUGCAGCUCUUUUACUGUCCGUGUUCAUUUCAUUUCAAAGGAAAACAUGUCUGUUGUGAAACUGGAAGAGUGUCGACAGCACAUCAGGGCACAGCUGGACAGCGUGGUGGAAUUCUGGCUCAAAUAUUCCCACGACACCGAGCACGGAGGCUUCUUCACAUGCAUCGGGAGGGACGGUAAAGUUUAUGAUGAACUGAAGUAUGUGUGGCUGCAGGGUCGACAGGUGUGGAUGUAUUGUCGUCUCUAUCGAAGCAUGGAUCGUUUCCGUAGACCCGAAAUCCUCGAAGCAGCAAAAGCCGGAGGAGCCUUCCUCAGAAAGUUUGCUCGUGUUUCCAACAACGGAAAUCAGUGGAAAUGUGCUUUUUGUUUGACAAGAGAUGGAAAACCCACCAAGGUUCAGAGGACCAUAUUCAGUGAGUGUUUCUAUGUAAUGGCCAUGGACGAACUGAGCAGGGUCACUGGUGAUGAGGAAAUGCAGCUGGAGGCUGAGCAGAUGAUGGAGCAGCUGAUCUACUGGGUCCGAGAGGAUUCGUCAGGUCUUGGACGGCCCCAGCUUCCAGGAGAUGUUCCCACUAACAGCAUGGCGGUUCCCAUGAUGCUGCUGUGUCUUGUCCAGCAGCUGUCUGAAGGCCGUCUGGAGACAGGGAGGAAGUAUGCAGAGCUGGGAAGCUGGUGUGUGAGUCAGAUUCAACAACACAUCCAGAGAGAUGGCACGGCAAUCUUAGAGAAUGUGUCAUUGGCUGGGGCAGAGCUGCCUGGAUGUCUGGGACGGCUGCAGAACCCAGGCCAUGCCCUGGAAGCAGGCUGGUUCCUGCUGCAGUAUGCAACACAGAACCAUAACAAGGAAAUCCAGAGAACUGCUAUUGAAAAGUUUGUGCAGCUUCCUUAUGAGAGUGGCUGGGAUGAAGAGUAUGGUGGCCUGUUCUACUUUCUGGAUGUGGAUGGUCACUGCCCCACUCAGCUGGAGUGGAGCAUGAAGCUGUGGUGGCCGCACAGCGAGGCUCUGGUUGCCUUCCUCAUGGCCUACAGUCAGACCAAGCAGCCCAAACUGCUGGAGAGAUUCUUCAAGGUCUAUGAGUACACCUUUAGCCAUUUUCCUGACUCUAAUAGUGUUGAGUGGUUUGGCUAUCUGACACAAGAAGGGAAAGUAGCUUUGGAUUUUAAAGGAGGACCCUUUAAAGGCUUCUUCCAUGUGCCUCGCUGCCUCUACAUGUGUGAAUCCAUCUUGGAUGAUCUUCUGGCAGAAAAAGACUGAACUUUUCUACACCAGGGGAUCUUAGAAACAGAACUUGAAUCUGUUGGUUAUAACUAGAAACAUGUCUAAAUUUACACAACUGCCUGUAAUAAUCAUCAUUUUCUAUCUUAAAAGUCUUUCUAUACUGUGAAUUUAUUAUUUUAGUAUAAUGUUACUCUGUUUAUCUGACUUUCGAACACAUCCAUGAUAGAAAGUUGUCAUGAAAAAUAAGUGUUGCUAUCCUUGCAGAUACAGUCUGCAUAUUUUUUAAAGAAAUAAAAAUACAUCUAAAUAAAAAGAGAAGCUGUCUGAAAGAGCCAAUGGUGAAAUUCUGAUCAUCAAUCAAAAACAUUAACACACAACAAGUUGACAUUGUUUGUUAAAUUGUGCCUUUUUCUUAAAAAAAAAUUUAAGGUUCUUAUCCUACUAACCUAGAGGCAAUUUUAGACUUAACAUUUCAUGUAAUCUGAAAUAAAAUAAGGUAUAUCUCA